GGUCUUUGACAACAUGUCGUCAGCGCGUUGUUGAUGUUAUUUGUGGUAGUUGUUAUUAAGCCGUGUCUCAAAUUAUCUGUUGUGUGCCACGCGGACAAAACACCCAAAGUGCCCCACUGACAAUGGUUCGAAGUAGCGGGCAUCACCGAAAGCGUUCUCGUAGUAGGUCCAGAUCUAGAAGUGCUGACAGGAAAAGAAGCCGAAGAUCAAGAAGCCGAGAAAGAUCCAAGACUCAUUACAGUCGACGUAGUCGAUCACGUGAUCGAGAUUCUGAGAGAGACAGGCACAGAAAGGACAGAGAUGAGAGAAAAAGGGAAUCAAAAUCCUCAUCAAAGUCUAAAAGCAAAUCUGGCAGGGAGAAAUCUAGAUCUCCUUCCAAAGAAAAGGAGAAAAAAGAUGAGAAAGAGGAUGAAGCAUUUGACCCUACAGCUCUUGAUAAGGAAGCAGAGCAGAAACGAUUAGAAUUAGAAAUGCAGAAACGCAGAGAAAGAAUUGAGAGAUGGCGAGCAGAGAGGAAGAAGAAGGAGCUGGAGAUUACAAAGAAGGAAAUCAAAGGAAACCUACUAGCUAAUCUUCCAGUACCGGCAAAGAAGUGGACACUGGAAGAUGAUAGUGAUGAGGAAGAAGAAAAACAAGACAAACAGGAAAACAAGGAAAAUAAGGAAAAUAAAGAAGAAGGUGAAGCUGAAGCUGAAGCUGAAGUGGAGGAUGAAGUAGAUCCAUUAGAUGCUUUUAUGAAGGGUGUUCAAGAAGAAGUAAGAAAAGUAAAUAAACUAGACAGCAAAAAACCAGAUGGGAAACCUGGCACAGUAGUUAACAGCAACACCACAGGUGUUGUCAUAAUGACUGGUGUGGCAAAAAAGAAGGUUGACAAAAAGAAGGGAGAGUUGAUAGAACAGAAUCAAGAUGGCUUAGAGUAUUCUUCAGAAGAAGAGGAGGAAGACUUAAAUGCUACUGCAGCUGGCAUAGCCAACAAACAGAAGAAAGAACUUGCAAAAAUAGAUCAUACUAAUGUGGAAUAUACACCUUUUCGGAAAAACUUUUAUGUCGAAGUGCCAGAGAUCACCAGAAUGACGCAAGAAGAAGUUGAAGCUUAUAAAGAGGAAUUAGAAGGCAUAAAAGUAAAAGGGAAAGGAUGUCCAAGGCCUAUAAAAACAUGGGCACAGUGUGGUGUGAGUAAAAAGGAGUUGGAAAUCUUAAAAAAGCAGAAUUAUGAGAAGCCUACACCAAUUCAGGCUCAAGCAAUUCCAGCAGUUAUGUCAGGUCGUGAUCUCAUAGGAAUCGCAAAAACUGGCAGUGGAAAAACUCUGGCAUUUGUUCUGCCUAUGCUUCGGCACAUCAUGGAUCAGCCACCACUUGAAGACACUGAUGGACCAAUAGCUCUGAUAAUGACUCCUACAAGGGAGCUGUGUAUGCAGAUUGGUAAAGAAUGUCGCAAGUUUACCAAAGCUUUAAAUCUCCGAGCUGUCUGUGUCUACGGGGGAACAGGAAUAUCUGAGCAGAUAGCUGAACUGAAGCGUGGUGCUGAAAUUAUAGUGUGUACACCAGGAAGAAUGAUUGACCUGCUUGCAGCCAACAGUGGAAGAGUAACCAACCUAAGACGUGUAACAUAUGUUGUUCUGGAUGAAGCCGAUAGAAUGUUCGACAUGGGGUUUGAACCUCAGGUGAUGAGAAUAAUUGAAAAUAUUCGACCAGAUAGACAAACAGUUAUGUUCAGUGCUACUUUUCCUCGACAAAUGGAAGCAUUGGCACGAAGAAUACUCACAAAACCUGUUGAAGUUCAGGUUGGUGGCCGCAGUAUAGUGUGUCGUGAUGUUGAACAGCAUGUGGUGAUUUUGGAUGAAGAACAAAAAUUCCUCAAACUGUUGGAAUUACUUGGGCAUUACCAAGGACAGGGCAGUGUCAUUGUUUUUGUUGAUAAGCAAGAAAAUGCUGAUGCUUUAUUAAAAGAUCUGAUGAAGGCAUCAUACAACUGUAUGUCAUUGCAUGGUGGAAUUGACCAGUUUGAUCGAGACUCAACUAUUGUGGAUUUCAAAGCAGGAAAAGUCAAACUGCUUGUAGCAACGUCAGUGGCUGCCAGAGGACUUGAUGUCAAACAUCUCAUUCUUGUUGUUAAUUAUGAUUGUCCAAAUCAUUAUGAAGAUUACGUACAUCGUUGUGGACGAACAGGCAGAGCUGGUAAUAAAGGUUAUGCAUACACAUUCAUAACACCAGAACAGGAACGCAAUGCCGGUGACAUAAUUCGUGCAUUUGAAUUGUCUCAGGUCCCUGUGCCUGACCCAUUACGGAUAUUGUGGGACAGAUACAGAGCUAGACAAGCUGCCGAGGGCAAAAAAGUACACACAGGUGGUGGAUUCAGUGGAAAAGGCUUCAAAUUUGAUGAGGCAGAAGCCCAGCUGGUCAGUGAAAAAAAGAAAUUCCAAAAAGCAGCACUGGGUCUGCAGGAUUCUGAUGAUGAAGAUUUGGAGAAUGAUAUCGAUCAGCAAAUAGAAAAUAUGCUUGCACCCAAGAGAACUGUCAAAGAAAUUAAAGCCCCAAUUGGUGUAACUCCAGGGGCUGGAGUAUUGCCUGGGCAAAUGGGACCCACAGCAACUGAUAAGUUGGAAUUGGCUAGAAGAUUAGCAUCCCGCAUCAACAUGGCUAAGAACUUGGGAGCUGAGGCCAAGGGGGCCACACAACAAGCUGCUGAAGCUAUUCUGAAGGGAGGUGGAUCACAGCCACUUAUCACGGCCAAGACUGUAGCAGAACAGCUGGCUGCCAAACUGAACACGAAACUGAAUUACCAGCCGAAAGAAGAAGAUGACAAAGGUGAUGAAGAUCAAGUUGAAACAUUCCGCAAGUAUGAAGAAGAACUGGAAAUUAAUGACUUCCCACAACAAGCAAGAUGGAGAGUCACAUCCAAGGAGGCACUAGCACAAAUAAGUGAAUAUUCCGAGGCUGGCAUCACAGUACGAGGUACCUAUUAUCCCCCGGGCAAAUCACCCCCAGAAGGUGAACGUAAGCUGUACCUGGCAAUUGAAAGCACAAAUGAGCUUGCUGUAUCAAAGGCAAAGAUCGAGAUUACCAGGCUCAUCAAGGAGGAGCUUCUAAAAUUACAGAGUUCAGCACAUCAUCUUAUGAACAAGGCUCGAUACAAAGUGCUUUAAGAUAAUGUGUAUAUUGGGUGUACAACUGGACAGAGGCUACAGUGUGAGAUUGUUAACAGAAACAGUCCUGUUAUAGUGGAAUAAUAAAGAAAUAAUUUUACUGGGAAUGCUGGACAGUGUUUGUUUUUCAGUAAGAAGUGAACAAAAGAACAUGGUUCAGCUUCUGGACCUAUAUUUUACCGGAAGUGCAUUAUGCAGCAUGACAGAAUUAUUUUUCUGUGUGUAUAACAAGAAAGAGGUUCUAACUCUGAUGCAGAAAGUGGACUGCUGUAAGAAAUACAGAGCUUUGUGACAUCAGUUAUACAAGAAUGAUUGUACAUAUCCCUACCUGUUAUUAAAUAUAUGUGCUUAUGCUUGUCACUAUAGUUCGCGUAUUUUAAAAGUUCUGUAUAUGUAUAUAUCUCAGAGGUCCUUUGACAACCAUACAAAAAUAAAGUAACCUUAAAGAAGA